GAUGUGGCCCGAGCGUCGCCGCCGUCCGGCCGCCGGUCGCUUGCCGCGCGUGACGCAGACCGCGGCAAAGGCAAAGGCAAAGAGGAACUGCGGUUCUCCUCUGAUCAAUGAUCUUCCCCCUCCCUCCGCAUCCAACCAUCCUGUUUUCCCGCCCUUGAUUCAGUCGUUCCCCCUGCGAUCGCGGAGGUGCGCGGAGUGUCGGUCCGACGGAACUCGCCCUGAGGCUCUGGAAAUGCAAAGGCAAGAGCCUGCGACUACUGUGACGGCAUCGGUCUCGCACUGGGCUUGAUUGGGUUAUCCACCGACCCCUCCAUCCUCCUCCUCCACUCCACUAGAUCAUCUGCCCGACGACUCGGUCCACGGGACAUCCUUUCGGCCUUUCGUUCCAUCGAUCGCACUGUAUACACUCUUCACCAUCCGUAUACUACUAGAAAAAAAAAAGACUACCCCCGGGGUAAACCGUGGUCGAUCGCUCGGAUCGACGCAGGAAACAUGGCUAUGAACUUCGUGACGUUCAACCAGGACUAUAGCUAUCUGGCUGUGGCGACCGCCAAGGGGUUCCGGAUAUUCACGACAGAUCCGUUCGCGAAAAGCUAUGAGACGAAGGAAGGGAACAUAGCCAUAAUUGAGAUGCUCUUCUCGACCUCGUUGGUGGCACUGAUCUUGUCGCCGCGUCGCCUCCAAAUCACUAAUACCAAGCGCCAAUCGACGAUAUGCGAGUUGACCUUCCCUACGACUGUGCUCGCGGUGAAGCUGAACCGGAAACGGCUCGUGAUCGUUUUAGAGGAUGAGAUCUAUCUUUACGAUAUCCAGACGAUGAACCUCUUGUAUACCAUCGAGACCUCGCCCAACCCCAACGCGAUCUGCGCGUUAUCGCCAUCCUCCGACAACUGCUACCUCGCAUACCCUCUUCCGCAAAAGGCGCCGUCGACGUCGUUCACUCCGCCGGCUCACGCGCCUCCCGGAACUACGCAUGUCUCGCCAACGAGUGGAGAGGUUUUGAUAUUUGAUACGCUAAAGCUGGAGGCUAUCAACGUCAUCGAAGCGCACCGAUCGCCGCUUGCAUGCAUCACUCUCAACAGCGACGGGACACUCAUAGCCACGGCGUCUGACAAGGGUACGAUCAUACGAGUUUUCUCGGUUCCCGACGGCCACAAGCUCUACCAAUUUCGGCGGGGGUCGAUACCUUCCAGAAUCUACAGCAUGUCUUUCAAUACCACGUCUACCCUCCUUUGUGUCUCCUCGUCCACUGAGACCAUCCAUCUGUUCAAGCUGAGCCACCAGUCCCAGUCACCCGAUGCGACGCCCUCGUCUUCUUCUCCAACAGACAACGAAAGGAGGUAUAGCCAGAGCUCGUUUGGGCAAACCUCUGAGACAGACGAGUUGGGUGACCUGGCCUCUUCCGAGCUUGCUUCCAGAAAACACAAUGGAACGCUGAUGGGGAUGAUCCGACGCACUUCGCAGAACGUCGGUAGCUCGUUUGCCGCCAAGGUCGGGAAUUAUCUUCCCAAGGGGGUCAGCGAAAUGUGGGAACCGGCUCGCGACUUUGCCUGGAUCAAACUGCCCAAAUCGAACCAGGGGCAAGGGGCGAAUGCAAACAACGGACCGCUGCGGAGUGUCGUGGCCAUGAGCAACAACACGCCACAGGUGAUGGUCGUGACCAGCGAUGGCAAUUUCUAUGUUUUCAGCAUUGAUCUCUCCAAGGGCGGAGAGGGAACCUUGACCAAACAAUACUCCGUCCUCGACACCAACGACCGGUUGGGAUACUCCGUGACGGACUACUAAACUCGCCAUGAUACCACUCGCUAGGGGCGUCUAUUUACUAUCUAUCCAGUCGAUCGUUACAGCGACACGUGCAUCUUUUCUACUUUUGAGCGUCCAACAUACUCGAUUCUUAAUACAGCCAUCCCACUCACCCACCCACUACAUAGUCUCCCUUCCAUAGCUCGACACUUUCGAGGCGCGAUGCGAUUUAUCGUUCAGCUCCUAAGUCCCACGGUGUAUGACAAACCAACCGUUAUGUGUAUGAAUCUAUCUAUCGAUUCCUUUCUCGAUUUCCUUGGGGUCGGUAUGUGUUGCUGUAUUUCCCGCCAGCUGCUGGUUCUCCUCUCUGCAUAGGUGGUUCUCUCGCUUUCGCUUUCGCUUCUUGUAUUCUAUGUAUCUGUGCAAGGUGUGGCUGCGUGAAUCUUACCAGCAUUCAUUCUCCCUUGAGGCUCAUAUUCGCGUGCCUUGCUAGUAAAUAUCAUAUCAUAC